ACGACCAAAUUACCAAACCCACACCGUUAAGAUCAGAUCUAAGCGUUAAUUAUUUUGACACAAGAAUCCACAAUGCUAGAUAUAAAAAGCCCAUAAUUCUACAGGCCCAUCUAAACAAAGUCUGGACCUAAUUUUCUCUAACGCUGGAAGGUUCUUGUUCGAAGGUCUUCAUCAGAAGUCUACAAGGGUACCGUUGUGGCAGAGCAUAUUACCAGAAAACUCCACAGAAUUCGUUAUUGGAAGAGAGAGAGAGAGAGAUGGCGGGUGACACAGGUUGGAGGAAGAUCAAACUUUUAUGUCCCUCCGUAUCGAAGAUUGUUGAGUGGGUUGCUUGGAACGACCAGAAACUAGACUUUAGAGCCAUAGCCGCAGCGUUUGGGCUCGAACCGUCGACGGUGAAGCUCAAUGGUCACUUCAUAAGCAGAGGUAUUGAUCUAAUGGCCACUUGCGUCACAUGGCAGUCUUUGCUCGCUUUCUUCUCCGCUAAAGGCCUGUCUACUGGAAAACACGAAGCCGAUGCCCUCCUCGUCCACGGCAAGCUCUCUAAACUCGGUACCAAAAGAGCACACUCUGAUCCUCAGGAGGACUUGACCUGCGAUGGUGAUCUUGAUCUAAUCAAAACGAAGAAGUUGAAACUUAAGUAUUCAGUAGGAGAAUCUCUGAUCUCUGAAUGUAACAAGAGAAAGCUAUUGUCUGAUGAUCCACACUCACACAAGAAACUAAAAUUCAUCAUGGAUGAUAGUUUUUGUGGGAGCGGGAGCGCUUCUAAAACGCCCGUGACGUGCAGUUUCAAGAGUAAUGAGGGUCUGAAGAGGAGAAGAGAAGAUGAUAUGAUUGCUUCUGCAUUUUGUAAGAAGAUAAGAUGA